AUGUCGUGGUGUCAAAAAUUGAUAUUAGUAUUUUAUACAAGUAUAUAUAGCAUAUAUGCCUCAAAAGCUGACGAAGUUGCUAAACGUUUGGAGCUCGGUAGCAAAUCAUUAGCACAAGGCCAAUUUGGAGAUGCUUUAACACAUUACCACGCAGCUGUUGAGCUGGAUCCCAACAAUUACCAAGCAAUGUAUAGGCGAGCAACUACUUAUUUGGCCAUGGGACGCGGUAAAUCAGCUAUUGCCGAUCUUGAAAGGGUCCUUGAAUUGAAGCCUGAUUUCAAUGGAGCUCGUCUUCAACGCGCCAAUAUUUUAUUCAAGCAAGGAGAACUUGAAGACGCCGCAAACGAUUAUAACAUUGUGUUGAGCCACGAUCCUUCUAACCAGGAGCUUCAAGAAAAAACCGAGCUCAUUGAGCAACACCGGCAGUAUCAGCAACAAGCCAAGCGAUCGUUUGCUGAUGGUGAUUGUCAAACUGCUGAAGAAUACAUCAAUCACAUAAUUGAGUCGCAAGUUUGGGAUGCAUCAUUGUACCGAAUGAGGGCGAAAUGCCUCGAAUCUCGAGGUGAACUUAAAAAGGCCAUCCAUGAUAUGAGAAUUGUGACAAAGUUAACCACCGACAGCACGGAUAACAUGUUCGAAACGUCUCGACUCUUGUACCAAGUCGGUGAUCUCGAUGAUUCUCUAAGUGUAAUCCGCGAGUGCCUCAAACUCAAUCCCGAUCACAAAGAUUGCUAUCCAUUCUACAAAAAGUUGAGGAAGGUCGUCAAGUCGCUUGAAAACAUGAAAAAGAAGAUGGAUAAGAAUGAUUGGAUGGGCUGUUUAGAAGAAGGACAGAAAACUAUCAAGUUCGAUCCAUCGACUUCAGUUCAACUCAACGUGUACCGACUCACGUGUCGAUGCAACCGCGAAGCCGGUCACAUAGUAGAGGCAAUUAAUCAAUGUACGGAAAUACUUAAUGAGGAUCCGUCGGACGCUGACAUUCUUUGCGAACGUGCUGAAGCUUACAUUCUUGAAGAGGAAUUCGAUUCAGCGAUCGAGGAUUACCAAAAGGCUACUGAAGUCAAUCCAGAGCACCGAGAAGCCAAGGAAGGACUGGAGAAUGCGAAACGAUUAAAGACACAAGCCGGCAAACGCGACUACUACAAGAUUCUUGGAGUGAAGCGAAAUGCUAGCAAACGAGAUAUAACGAAAGCGUACCGAAAACUCGCACAAAAAUGGCAUCCCGACAACUUUUCGGAUGAAGAGGAGAAGAAGAAGGCAGAGAAGAAGUUUAUUGACAUCGCCGCUGCAAAGGAAGUUCUCUCAGAUGACCAGAAACGACAGCAAUUCGACCAAGGCAUUGAUCCAUUGGACUCGGACGCCCAAAGAGGCGGUCAUUAUGGCCACGGAUUUCCGCAUGGCUUCCCGCACGGAUUCCAUCACUUUGGCGGAGGAGGCGGAGACUAUUCAUUCAAAUUCCAUUUUGGAUAA